GGGAAGUCGGAGGGGAAAAAUCAGCUAGAAUCCGCGGAAAUCACCAACGGGACUAUUUUUUCCUUUACUUAGCGAGCUUACCCAUUUGUCAACUUGUAUUUCUCCUUUCCUCCCUCUUAGCUGUCACAACGCCACCCUGGCGAUGUCGGAGUCCUACGAUUUCCUGUUUAAAUUCCUGGUGAUUGGGAAUGCUGGAACGGGCAAAUCCUGUCUGCUGCACCAGUUCAUAGAGAAGAGAUUUAAGGAUGAAUCCAACCACACGAUCGGAGUGGAGUUUGGCUCUAAGAUCAUCAAUGUGGUCAACAAAAUGGUCAAACUGCAGAUUUGGGACACUGCAGGACAAGAAAGGUUCAGGUCUGUGACCAGAAGUUACUACAGGGGAGCAGCAGGAGCUCUGCUGGUCUAUGAUAUCACCAGUCGAGAGACAUACAAUGCUCUGACCACGUGGCUGAGUGACGCCAGGAUGCUGGCCAGUCAGAACAUCGUCAUCAUCCUGUGUGGAAACAAGAAGGACCUGGACGCCGACAGAGAGGUCACGUUCCUGGAGGCUUCACGCUUCGCUCAGGAGAACGAGCUGAUGUUCCUGGAGACCAGCGCUCUAACAGGGGAGAACGUUGAAGAGGCCUUCGUCCAGUGCGCUCGCAAAAUCCUCAACAAGAUAGAGUCAGGGGAGCUGGAUCCAGAGAGGAUGGGUUCAGGUAUCCAGUACGGCGACGCUGCGUUACGACAGCUUCGUUCUCCUCGUCGUGCUCAGCCACAGGGCACCCAGGAGUGUGGCUGCUAGUGGACGCGCCCAGUAACGCACGCAGACAAGUGUGUUUCAGACGGGUUUGUGAAGACCAGGAGAAGAACAGUCACGGGGGGAACCAGGGUUCAGGUUGCUACGCUGGUGACUCCUCUCUGACCUUUGACCUUUCGCACGACUCUUCAGAACCUUCGGAACCUUUUGAACCUUUGUUGUCAUGGCUGCACCUCCUAGAACUCUGAGCAUCUCCAAGGUAACCAGAGAACUGCCCACCCUCCAACAUUCUGCUCCACUAUUGGACCAAACCUUCCUCCAGCCCUCCAAUCAGGACGUGCAAAACUGACAUGUAUGUAACUUCUCUCUCUCUCUCUCACCUUUCUACUUAUCUGGACUUAGUACAUCUUAUCACUAUUCCCUUCUACCUUCUAUCUUUACAUUUUAGGAAAUUUCUUUCCUUUUGAGUUAAAAAUUAAGAUAUAACGUGACAAUGAGUCAGUUUUAAAGUCGUUGGUAGGUAGAUUUCUAAAUUUUGGAGCUAGCCAGGCUAAUCUGUCCCCUCUUCUUCGCCUCCUGGCCCCAGAUUGAUACUUGAUACAUAGACAUGUAUCAUUCAUCAUUUCAUCUUUAACCACAUACGUAUUUAAAACCUACUACAGUACACCCACCUGCUCUGAUUGCGUGUUUUAAACACACCACUAACAGUCUACUGAAUACAUUUUACACUCCCCGUAUCCCUUCUUACACACUUCCUCUCCCUGUAAAGUGCUCCGAGGCAACGCAGCUGCCAAAUACACUUCAUCACCCUACCUACCCUACCUGUUGUUUACAUCCCAUCAUUCUGCUUACCUGUCUUGCCUGUCUGAAUCUCCCCCGUCUCCCUACAGCAUCUUACACACUGUACAGUGUUUCUGUAUAUAGAGACUGACGCAUGUUUUCUCAGACAGAAUAUCAGAGUAUUUCAUUAUGAAGAGAUAUUAUAUGUAUAUUAAAGUAGAUAUCAU